UCUAACCUUUACACACGCUGGUUGAGAAGAAAUCCUAACCGAACAAAUAAAACUCCCUUUCUCAAAAAGUCGAAAUUCAAAGCUUUCAAUACCCUUCUUCUCUUCAAACCCUGGGUCCUCCGAUUUCUCACUUUAAUGCAAUCAAUCAAAAGGAAAUUUCCCAUCAAACCCUGAGAAACUUCUCAUCUCUUUCAGAUCUCCUCCUCCCCACUCGUUUUUGAUAUUUAUUCACGUUUACUUUUCUGUAAAAAAUUUGGUCGCGGAAAAUUUCAGAUUUGAUUCAGAUUUACCUUGUUUAGCAGAGGUUUUCUGGUUUUCUUAAUCAAUGGCUUCUCUAGAUAUGUCUCUUGAUGAUGUGAUAAAGAGCAGGCGCACUAGUGAUAGAGGCAGAGGACGAGGCAGGCCUCGACGUGGUAGAGGCUCGGGAGGGUCCUUCAGAGGUGGAAGGACAACUGAGGCUCCUCGCAGAGGUCCACUUGGCAUAAAUGCUCGGCCAUCAGCUUACACCAUUGCCAAGUCCUUCCGCAGAACCAAGAAUUUGCCAUGGCAGAAUGGUCUGUUUGAAGAUAGCCUUAGAGUUGCUGGGUUGUCAGGAUUAGCAAAUGGUACAAAGCUAUAUGUCUCCAACUUGGACGUUGGAGUGACAAAUGAUGAUAUAAGGGAACUAUUUUCAGAGCUCGGGGAGAUGGUAAGAUAUGCAAUUCACUAUGACAAGACUGGACGACCAAGUGGCACAGCUGAAGUGGUUUUUGCUAGGAGAAGUGAUGCAUUCCAAGCUCUUAAGAGAUAUAACAAUGUCCAACUGGAUGGGAAGCCCAUGAAGAUCGAAAUAAUCGGUACUAAUGCAGAGAUCCCUCUAUCAGCUCGCGUGAAUGUAGUUGGAGGAUCAAAUGGAAAAAAGAGGACAGUUGUUAUGACGCCUGGACCAGGUCGUUCCAGAGUUGGCUCGAGUUCUGCUAAUCGCAAUGUUGGCCAAAAUAGCCGUGGUGGUUUGAGGAAUGGACGAGGAGGUGGACGUGGACGUGGACGUGGCAGAGGCGGUGGUCGCUGGAGAAAGAAAAAUGUCGAAAAAUCGGCUGGUGAACUUGACACGGAGCUUGAGAACUAUCAUACCGAAUCAAUGCAAACAUGAUUCGAUGGCUCUGCCUUCCAAGUAUUUCAGUAAAAAACAAUUAGUACUCAGAAUUACAUUAGUACGAAGUUUGACAUGACAAACUUGCUCGGGUUUUUGUUUGUCGGACAACUUGGAUGAUGUGCUAUUUAGUGUUCGAGUUUCUUUCUUGCUCUGUAAGUGUUUGUCGGACAAUUUGGAUGAUGUGUUAUUUAGUGUUCGAGUUUCUUUCUUUUGUAAGUGGAGAGCUAAACUUUAGAUUUCAUUAUGGCUUUUCUGGGUGUUACCAUUUUUCCUUUCCUA